AUUGACCCGGCGUCAUUGCAGAACAAGGUCGCCGGAUGAUGAUGUCGUGAAGCCGCCCGCCCGUCCCUGCCACGCCCGGGCGAUUGCUGCCAGCGGCGGCAGCCUCGGCGGCUGCUCUCCGGCUGCCGGCCGCUUCAGGGGCUUCUUGCUAAGGGAACGCGGGCGCUGGAAGGAGGACGCCGGGCCGUUGCGGUCAUGACUGUCCAGGGUAUGGUCAUCACAUGAGAAUAUACACUGCUGCACAUGUCACUGCACUCGUCCGAGAAAAGCUGUCUAAAGGAAAAGACCCACAUGACCAGACCCAUUUCGCUCCUGAAUGGCUUGAUGGAUUUCCUCUGCUCUGAUUCAUACCAAAGCUGCCCUUCUCAACCAAAGCCAGAAAGGAUCCUGCAUGAGUCAAGCCCAGAAUGCCAUUUUUACCUCACCAACAGGUGAAGAAAACCUCAUGAAUAGCAAUCACAGAGACUCGCAGAGCAUCACUGAUGUCUGCUCCAAUGAGGAUCUCCCUGAAGUUGAGCUGGUGAGUCUGCUAGAGGAACAGCUACCACAGUACAAGCUAAGAGUAGACUCACUCUUUCUGUAUGAAAACCAAGACUGGACUCAGUCCCAGCCCCAGCAGCAGCAUGCAUCUGAUGCCCUCUCUCCAGUCCUUGCUGAAGAGACGUUCCGCUAUAUGAUUCUAGGCACAGACAGGGUGGAGCAGAUGACCAAAACCUACAAUGACAUUGACAUGGUUACACAUCUCCUGGCAGAGAGGGAUCGUGAUCUUGAGCUUGCUGCUCGAAUUGGACAAGCUCUCUUAAAGCGGAACCAUGUGUUAUCUGAGCAGAAUGAAGCCCUGGAGGAGCAAUUGGGACAAGCUUUUGAUCAGGUUCAUCAGCUACAGCACGAGCUAUCUAAGAAAGAUGAGCUGCUUCGCAUUGUCUCCAUCGCUUCGGAAGAGAGUGAAACAGAUUCCAGCUGCUCCACACCUCUUCGGUUCAAUGAGUCCUUUAGUCUGUCUCAAGGUUUGCUGCAGUUGGACAUGCUGCAAGAAAAGCUCAAGGAACUGGAAGAAGAGAAUAUGGCUCUUCGAUCCAAGGCUUGUCAUAUAAAGACAGAAACUUUUACCUAUGAAGAGAAGGAACAACAGCUUGUCAAUGACUGUGUUAAAGAACUUCGUGAAACAAAUGCUCAGAUGUCCAGAAUGACUGAAGAAUUGUCAGGGAAGAGUGAUGAACUGAUUCGAUACCAGGAAGAGAUCUCCUCUCUCCUGUCUCAGAUUGUAGAUCUUCAGCACAAACUUAAAGAACAUGUGAUUGAGAAGGAAGAGCUAAGACUUCACCUGCAAGCUUCCAAAGAUGCCCAGCGACAGCUGACCAUGGAGUUGCAUGAGUUACAGGACAGGAAUAUGGAGUGUCUGGGAAUGUUACAUGAAUCCCAAGAAGAAAUAAAGGAGCUUCGUAAUAGAACUGGCCCUGCCGCUCAUCUCUACUACUCCCAGACGUAUGGAGAUUUUACCGGGGAAUCGUUAGCAGCUGAAAUUGAGGGGACCAUGCGUAAAAAAUUGAGUUUGGAUGAGGAAUCCUCUCUCUUUAAACAAAAAGCCCAACAGAAACGGGUAUUUGAUACUGUUAAGGUCGUCAAUGACGCACGAGGCCGCACUGUCCCACUGCCAGCUCUGCUGCCCAUCCCAGGCUCCAACCGUUCAAGUGUCAUCAUGACAGCAAAACCUUUUGAAUCUGGUUUACAGCAAACAGAGGACAAACCACUCCUGAACCAGGGAAGCAACUCAGAGGAGAUUCCGGGGGAAUCACAGCCAGUGGGCCACCCAGGACCCUCUGCAGAUAGCGACUUGGCUACCGCACUCCAUCGCCUUAGCCUGCGUCGACAGAACUAUUUGAGUGAGAAGCAGUUCUUUGCAGAAGAAUGGGAGAGGAAGAUCCAGGUUCUGGCUGACCAGAAGGAAGGGUUUAGUGGCUGCCUCACCCCUACAGAGAGCCUGGCCUCUCUCUGCACUGACCAGUCGGAGCUCACGGACCUCAGCAGUGCUAGUUGCCUUCGGAGUUUUAUGCCAGAAAAAUUACAAAUUGUCAAGCCCCUUGAAGGAUCACAAACCCUGCACCACUGGCAGCAGCUUGCGCAGCCAAAUCUGGGAACCAUUCUUGACCCACGGCCGGGCGUCAUUACGAAAGGCUUUACCCAGCUGCCCCAGGACGCCAUCUAUCACAUCUCAGACUUAGAAGAGGAUGAUGAGGAAGGCAUCACUUUUCAGGUUCAGCAGCCUCAUCAAGGGGAGCAGACGCCGUCCGUAUCCAAGCCAGUAGCAGGGAUCUUCCUACCGCCCAUCACUUCCACGAGUGGACCAGUGACAGUUGCAACCUCAAACCCAGGGAAGUGUCUGUCCAGCACAAACUCGACUUUCACCUUCACCACCUGUCGGAUAUUACAUCCCUCAGACAUCACCCAGGUCACGCCCAGCACCGGGUUCCCUUCAUUGUCCUGUGGAAGCAGCGGGGGCAGUGCAUCCAACACGGCCAUGAAUUCCCCCGCCAUGUCCUACAGGCUGAGCAUCGGAGAGUCCGUUACCAGCCGCCGGGAUUCCACCAUCACCCUCAGCAGCACUGUGAGCUUGGCCAGGCUCCUGCAGGAGCGAGGCAUCUCUGCAAAAGUGUACCGCAGCCCGCUGGCCGAGAAGCCCCUCCUGCAGCCUCUCCCCAAGGCCCCGGCUGUGCCCUCCACACCCCCCAACUCACCCUCUCACUCCCCGCGGUCCUCUCCCCUGCCCUUUGAGCCGCGUCUGCAUCUCGCUGAGAACUUUCUGGCCUCCCGACCAGCCGAAACGUUCCUGCAGGAGCUGUACGGCCUGAGACCUGCCCGCAACCCUCCUGAUGUCGGCCAGUUGAAGAUGAACCUAGUGGACAGGCUCAAGAGACUGGGGAUAGCCAGAGCAGUCAAGACCCCGGGCGCCCAGGAGAAUGGAAGAAGCCAAGAGGCAGAGACGGGUCUUCCGAAACCAGACCCCACUGUGUAUUUAACUUCAGGUAGCCACUUACUGGGCGGACUGAGGAGGAAUCAGAGUCUUCCGGUCAUGCUGGGGAGCUUUGGCACUCCCGUUUGCACAUCCUCACCCAAAAUGGGUGUCCUGAAGGAAGACUGAGGCUCAGCAGGGAGCUGACCUCGUGUACAUGAAGGAUGGAAGCACAUGAAGGAUGGAGACGCACCGAUGCACGCGAGGGCAGAAGCAUGUGGCAGAAGGGUCGCGGAUGUGUUCGAGGGAAGUGGAGGGCUGGAAACUAGGUGGAGAUGAGGCCCAAAUGGGCGAUGUCUGGCCAGUGGGGAGCAUACACGCACAGGCAGUGAAUGUUUGGAAGCAGAAAAGGAAGGAAGGUGUCAUAUACUCCUUCAGUUGAGUUUUCUUGUGUUGAAAAUUAAAAUGAAAUAGAAAAUAAGUGAAGUAAUAUUGAAACAUACCAGAAAUACUGAACUUGCUGGCACAUUGACUUCUGGUAAGCACAGGGAGAACCCAGGUUAGAAAGAGGGGAAGAGAAAAGCGACAGCUUUGACUGUAGGUUAUAGAAAGCUGUUCUGAAGGGUUGCUGGGUCAGCUCAGUGUGUCACUGAGACAGCUUUACACUUUCAAUGGUCUGAUUGAAUUAUGCAUCCAUGAAUUGGUGUGCUCAUAGCAUUAGCAAAGCAAAACAAAGAAUUAGGUCUUCUCUUUAUUUCAGAAGUGGAGAUUCCCUUUUUCUUCUCUGUUUUCAGGCCCCUGAGCUACUGGGAGCAAACACACACCACUCAAAUCCCCUUUUAUUUAUGGCAAAUAAAAGUUCAUUUUUAAGAUGUGUAUUUUUAUACAACAUCAAAAAAAAAAGAAAGUGGGCUGGACUUAAGAAGGAAAAUAGGGGCAAAUUGAUACCAAGGAAAGCUGUUUUUAGAAUCUUUCUUCUGCGUAAGUGCAGUGGCCAAGGAAUACAAACCUAAUUGCAUGUCCUUCAAAUUUCCCUGGAGGCUGAUGGGGGGUUGAACCAGAAGUGCAAUCAAUAGGAAUUAGGGAAUGUCAUGUAUUUAUAUAUGUAAAAUUUUUUUGUAAAGAAAGUUGGUUGCAACUAAUUUUUUCCAAAGUGCACUAUGCAGAUUUUUAAUGAAAGAUGACGUGAAUUUGCACAAAAAUUCUCAGGCACAUUAAAUUACUAUAAACUGAAGAAAAACCCAGGUGCUUGCUUUGAAAUUGUGGUUUUUUUUCCUAAUAUAAAGUAAAAUUAAAACAAUCUGCUAUGUUCUUGAUAUCUGUAGAAUUAGUGAAUGAACUUUUUAGUGAAGUCAAAGCUUUUUCUUUUUCUAUCUCCCCCCCCCCCCCCCCCCCCAACAAACUGAGAUGGCGAAGUAAGACUCUGGAGUUAGGAUUCAGCGGUACGAUUCGAGGCUACGGGUUGGGAAGAAACAGAUCUAUUACUUUCCAGUGUCUGCUCCUCUUCAGUUAGCAUGGUUGCAUAGCAAGGACCAUUCAGAAAGAAAUGCCCUUAUGACACCAGAUAGGGAGAAGAGAAGCUAGGGGCUACUUAGGUUGUUUACGAAAGCAGGAGUAUUACUUGAUCUUUGGGGGGCUUCAUUCGCAAAUUACUUGCUCCUUUGUCCUGACUUAACUGAAAGGCAACCUAUUGAAGAGCCCCUGACUCUUACUCUUGUGGUUCCUAUCCAGGGCCCUGUCCCCAGCCAGGGGAGGUCCUUCCUCUCUGGUGGCACUUCCCCUAACUGAAAGAAAUCCAACACACGGACAAUGGGAAGAACGUGUGAGUUGUCCAUGCUUUUUAGAAUCUUUUAAUAAAAGUUUUCUAGACAAAUAUCUCAAAAACAGGGUAAAAAUGUCACUGCCCUUUCUCUCCCCUUCUCUCAGCCACGCUGAGAUCAGUGAGGCGCACACACACAUUCCGAGAAGGCCGCAACAGGUCCACCUACGUGGGUGGAACUGCCUGAAGGGAGCAGGCAUUCAACAGAAUUCCCUAAUGUUAAGUUUCCUAAAUAUUCCAGUUCACUUUUUUAAAACUAGCACUUGAAUUUGUACAUGAACUCUGGGUGCUUACUUUAGCCAACUCGUAAAGAUUUUUAUUUGUUCCCUAAUAAAGUCACCUUCCUGUUGGCCUGGACAUGCACAGUUUCCAAAAAACAUCAGGAAAUAGGAGAAUGUAAGGCCAGAGAGUAGUACAAAGUGUUAAAUUAUCAGAUUUAUAUAUUUUUAUAAGUAGAUAAAUAGAUUAAGCUAGGUUUUGUAGUGUUCUGUAUUGAGUAUAAUUUGUAUACUUUUUUAUGAUCAAGGCCUAAAGAUCACUUUGGAGGCAGAGAGAUAAGCACAUCUGAUUAAGGAAAACUAGACGCAGGUCUUUGAAAAUUUGAUGUCAGUGUUCCACCGAAAAGGCAAUUCCUUGUAUACUGGCGCAUGCUUCUCUGUAGAAAUGAAUCUUGUCUUAUAACUGGGUUUUGCUGUCUUUGAAGUUUUUACCCAAAAUCAUUGUUGGUUCAGCCUGAGACUCUCGCAACAGAACUGUUGUGAAACAUGGCAAGAAGAACUGGAGCCACACCGCAAGUUCCUCCUCCAUGUAUCUGCUGUGCGUUGGAACUGUUCACGUUGAAGUGUGCCUGUGGCCUCCACUGUGGACUUUCACGCCAGUAGGGGAAACCCCAGGCCUGUUUUUCUUUUUUUUAAUCCUCCUUCAAGAAGGUUUUCCGUGAUUAUACCUCAGGUAUUUCUGAGCAUCCUGUUUGCUAGUAGGAGAUAUUAUGUUUGUGAGCUCAUAAUUAAGUUUAGAAUUAUGAAGAUCCCUCUUUGUAUGUAAAUAGCCUGAGGCGUGGGUCUUCACAGAGAAGUGAAUCACCGUUGUUUAAAAAUUUUUAAAUGUUUUUCAAGUUUUAUGUUUUUAGAGUUUUAUGCUGUCCAGCCUUGAUUUAUCAACAGCAGAGAGGUCGGUCGCCACUGUGAACGUCAUUUUAUGUUUUACGCUGAUGUCCUUGACAUUUGCUUAGAGCAGCAGAAGAGGUAAGCUAGGGACAGUCACAGGAGCUGUUCUCUGUACAGGAUGGAUCUUACCCAGUAUUCCAGACUUGUUUCCAGUGACCAUUCGAGGACGUAAUUGGUGUAGUAAGUACUUAGUGAUUGCUGACAUGGACUUGUGGCACCUGGAACGAGGGCUGUUGGCGUUGGUGGCCCAGCUCUCCGCCGCCGGGUGCACGUGUUCCUGUGCGCCCCACGCAGUGCAGGGUGGCACGGAGCGGGCACGUGGCAGCGCACCGCCCCCAGGAGCUGGGCCAGCCGGGGAAGUGCUGUCAUGUGAUAUCUGGCACUUGACUUUGUCAAACAGCCCUGUGUGCACCCACCUUUGCUUUGUCAAAUGUACAUCAGAUAAUAAACAUGAGGAGCUUCUUAAAUUUUCA